AUGAUGUGCCUGCGCACGUCUCACAGCGUCGGCGCGCUGCUCCUGCUGCUGGCAGCGCACGGCGCCCCGAGCGCCGGGUCGCGGUCGCCGGCGAGCGGGACGCUGGCCCGCCCGAGGCUGGAGGGCUCGGCGAGCGGUCGCCCUCGCGAGCCGCAGGCCGAGUUCGGGAGGCGCCAGGCUACCAGCGGCGCGCAUUUGCUCAAGCUUGGGGCGAGUGAUGGGGUCGCAGACGACUAUUUCGGAUACGUGGUGGCCGUGAGCUCCGACGGGGCCCGCGUGGUGGUGGGGGCCCAUGCUGACGACGCCUAUUCUGGCUCCGUGCACGUGUUCAACGGUACCUCGGGCGAGAGGCUGCUCAAGCUUGUGGCGAGUGAUGGGGCAGAAGGGGACUAUUUCGGAAUGGCGGUGGCCGUGAGCUCCGACGGGGCCCGCGUGGUGGUGGGGGCCUAUUAUGACGACGACCAGGGCGACGGGUCUGGCUCCGUGCACGUGUUCGACGGUACCGCCGGCGAGAGGCUGCUCAAGCUUGUGGCGAGUGAUGGGGCCGCAUACGACUAUUUCGGAUACGUGGUGGCCGUGAGCUCCGACGGGGCCCGCGUGGUGGUGGGGGCCGACGGUGACGACGACAAUUUGGCUCCGUGCACGUGUUCGACGGUACCUCGGGCGAGAGGCUGCUCAAGCUUGUGGCGAGUGAUGGGGCCGCAGACGACCGUUUCGGAAUCGCGGUGGCCGCGAGCUCCGACGGGGCCCGCGUGGUGGUGGGGGCCUACGGUGACGACGACCAGGGCGGCUGGUCUGGCUCCGUGCACGUGUUCGAUGGUACCUCGGGCGAGAGGCUGCUCAAGCUUGUGGCGAGUGAUGGGGCCGCAGACGACCGUUUCGGAAUCGCGGUGGCCGCGAGCUCCGACGGGGCCCGCGUGGUGGUGGGGGCCUACGGUGACGACGACCAGGGCGGCUGGUCUGGCUCCGUGCACGUGUUCGAUGGUACCUCGGGCGAGAGGCUGCUCAAGCUUGUGGCGAGUGAUGGGGCCGCAGACGACCGUUUCGGAAUCGCGGUGGCCGCGAGCUCCGACGGGGCCCGCGUGGUGGUGGGGGCCUUCGGUGACGACGACCAGGGCGACACUUCUGGCUCCGUGCACGUCUUCGACGGUACCACCGGCGAGAGGCUGCUCAAGCUUGUGGCGAGUGAUGGGGCAGAAGGCGACUUUUUCGGAAUGGCGGUGGCCGUGA